ACGCCGUUAAAGUCGGUGUUGGCAGGGGUCUCCAGGACGAUGAAGGGAGCUGGCGAGGUAGUAUCACAGAAGGCCAUGGAAUCCUUAGCAGGGCCCUGGAUGCCUUCACUCAAGUACUGCAGCGUGACCACAGCCCAGAAGCGGCCCUGCUGCCUCAAUGCCUCUGCCCGCUGGAGCGCCCCCUCCACCUGUCCCCUUAUACUCCAGGUUCCCUGUUUUAUCCGACAUCCCUCUGCUGCAAGGGGUUCCUGGAGUCAGCCAGAUCAGCACACAACUGACUUCCGAGGGAAUGGGCCAGGCCUACUGGAGGGACUGCAGGAUGGUGACACAUCAGUCCUUGCCAGAAGGGAGUCAGAUGGCUUAUACUACAGGGCUCAGAUCAAACAAGCUCCUGAGCUGGGGAGGUGGGGCAAACUGCUGGUGGAAUUUGAGGCUCCCCCUUCCGAGGGUCCCAAGCUCCCAGGCACACUACAGAGCGCAAGUCCAGAGGAUGUCAUCCAGGGCUCGUGGGCCCUAAAGCACCCCCUCCUUCCCGGAGACAAGGUUCUGGCACCCUGGGAGCCAAAGCAAGAGAGAUACGGCCCAGGCACUGUGGUGCAAGGUCUGGAGACCAGAGACCCUCAGAGAGCUUCAGAGGAUGAAGAAAUCACUGUUUGCUUUUGGAAUGGCAAGGUGGUCAAAGUGCCGUUAGGGGUAGCCAUAUGGAUAUCCCCAGCCUGUUGGGAGAAGGCUACGGAGAUAUUGCACAAAUCACUAAGUGCCAGUUGGCCGAAGCCCGGAGAUCAUCUUAGCCACAUCCCCUGGACUCCCCCCUGCCCUCUCCUGGGUUCUGCCCAUGGGUAUACCAUGGACGGGCUUUUGCUGCGCUCUUUCUCAUGCCCUCCCCAACACCUUUAUCCCCAGUCCCACAAUCAUUGUCCACUGCUGCCUAAUGGCUGCCUCUGCUGUUGUUCCUUAGCCUGCUGUACCUGGUGGCCUCUGAGCAAGACAUUAGAGGCCACAACUGGGGACCACCCUGAGCCAGAGCUGAAACCCACAGCACAACUUCUGGAAUUAGACAAUACCAGAGACAGAAGAGCGGCAGCUCAUGUUUGUGCUUCUUCCUCGUCCUCGUCCUCCUCCUUCUCUUCCUAUGUCUUCUCUUCAGAAGAGGAAGAUUUGGAAAAUGAUCUGAAGAAAGCUCCUCCUCAAAGAAUGAUGGUGGACAGCACUGUCAACACUGACAGCAGCCUUUUUGAGAAGCCCCUGAGACAGAAGGUCCUCAGUCAGCCUCCCUGGAAAUACUGGAAGAGAAAUGGACCAGAGCCCAGUUAUAGAAGACCAGGAGUAUGACAUCUCUGCAAAACAAAAUACAGAACCGAGAAGUCCAAAGUCCUAAUCAAAGAUUCUCAACAUUAGAAACAGCCUGGGAAGUCAUCUACCAUAGGCUGUCCCUGCCCAGAAAUCACAAGGAAGUGAGUCUUCCAUACUCCCCCAUCAUGCCGUAGUUCCUCAACAGACUCUGCAAGAUCCAUACUGAGAGUAGCCAAGGGAGAAGUUGGGCAAGAGAAAUGUCACUGUCUCUUCAGUUCAACAGGUCUCUAUUCCAAGAGAUUAUACUCUACCCUGAGCAAAAUGACUGCCAAGAAUCAACUUAGUUGAUCUAGCAUUACUUUGAGUGGCAUUAUUUUGCUACUGUCAUCUACUCUCACUGCUCUCUGUACAGCAGCAGCAACCUGAACCAUCAAGCCUGAGCAGGAUAGUGUUCUGAGCAAGGUCCUUCUGGGACAAGCUGGGCAGCCAAAGUGGCUUUGUUUUUGUUACCUGAUGACAAAAAUACUCUUUGUACCUUUCCUGUCAUGGGCAGUAACAGACUCUAAUGGAUAGUCCAAAGUUUACUGUCCCAUCUCUCAAGAAGAGGGAAGGGGUCCUACAAAAAUCUAGAAAUAGGGCCCAAGGGGCAAAGAAUAAACAGCCGACUAGUGGCCUUACUUGUGCUGGGCAGGUGAGGUCCUAAGUCAAAGCUGCUGUUCUUUUUGACUUCUUCCCCUUAGGGGUAAUCACAGAUUUAUUCUCCAUCAUGACUCACAGAAGCACUGAACUCAUUAACUAAAGCCACAGUGCAAGGGCAGAAGGAGGAUCUUUACACGAGAGGAAUCACUUCUGGGUAUCAUAAUUUCUAUGUGUAUGUGCCCAGAUUAAAUAAAACACUCAAGGAAAACACAGAGGAGGCUCCAUGAUUAUCUUUCCUCUGCCUCUGAGGGAUUUCUAUGAAAGUAAAAAGGAUAUUCAUUUGCUAAACCCACAGACCCAAACAUUACUUCUUUUAUAAAGCAUGAAUCAAAAGGAGUUUUCUUGUUGUGUUUAAAUUGAACCAGUGGCUCACAUUUUGUUCUGGAGUCACUGGACUUUCAAAUUGAAGUGGAAAUGUGUUCAGAUAUGAGAAGGGUCUUCUCCAGAGCCCAACAUAUAUAAGUAACUGGAAGGAAACUAUUUUACAUUCUUCUUUUGCUUCUUAAAGCCCAUCCCUUAGCCUCCUCCCUAUACCCAAUCCGUUGGUAGUUUUCCUGAAGACAAGUAGCCUUAUUGAAAGGUUCUCCUUGACUGUCCCAAAAUGGACAAACAUAUCAGUGAAUUAAUGGAAAACUUAGGCUGGAUCUUGAGAGGCUACAUAAUGGACAGGUUGGGAUCCAAGUCUCACCCUGACAGAUGAACAUCUAUUUUGAAUUAAAUCUUCAGAAAGAAGUGACACACUGUCACUGUCACCAAUGUCAGGGAAGAGCUGUCAUCUCUUAUGCUAUUGUAAUGUAGUCUCAGCCAACUUCCUCAUGUUCUAUUAAUGGAGGUGAACAAUUGAUGGUUUUUGUUUUGCAUAGUGCCCCUUCAUUUUCACCAUCAUAAGGUACAUACUGUGUACCUGAGCAUGAUUAUCAUAAGUCACUUGAACUAGAUGCAAUUAGAACUUUAGGUUUGAUUCAGUAAUAAUUUUUUUUGCCUUAAUUAGGAAAAAAUGUAGGUUUGGGUCUAAGUUGUUAGUCUAAAAGAUUCUUAAAAUUUGGGUUUGAUUUUAAAAGGACCAAUACAUUUGUGUGUCUGUCAGUUUGGAGCCCAGUAAAUUCAAAUGGUUGUUUUUGA